AUGCAUUUCCCAACACCAAAAAUGAAGAAGACGAACCUAUGCACCAUAGGCGCUAGCGGACUAAUCGUAGUUUGUGUGCUUCUACUUGUCUUUCAUGGAAGCUCGUCAAUCAAAGACGAUUCAUACCUGGAUUUCCCUUCGUUCUCCGCAACCACCCGGUCGAGACCUUCUACAGGUGAUAUCCAGGAUGUCUACAACGAGACGCUCGGUAAAAUCUUUUUGGUUUCGUUGCCUGAACGUACUGACAGGAGGGAUUCUUUCACUCUACAAGCAAGGUUAUCUAACAUGAGCUUCGAGGUAAUCGAUGGCGUGGAUGGUGCAACGGUACCAGAGAAGGCGCUACCAUAUACGAUGGUAAUGUCACCUCCUGAGAUCGGAUGUUGGCGUGCUCACUUGAACAUUAUGCAGGACAUGGUCGCAAACAAUAUCGCAACUGCUCUUGUUUUCGAGGAUGAUGCAGACUGGGACGUCGGUAUCAGAGCACAGAUGAGGGAACUUGCACGAGGAUCUCGAUGGCUAGGCAAUACGACUGGAGAGACCGCAAAACCAAUUUCGCCUUAUGGAGACGAUUGGGACAUCCUCUGGGUGGGUCACUGCUCUACGAAGUCUGGCUCUGAUCCUCGAAGAUGGGUAGUCCCGCAUGAUCCGACUGUUGCUCCCCCGAACUAUCGCAUGUACCAAGACCAACCGGAUAUGAGAACCUGGGAGUCUGGUCCUGAUGCGGAUAACCAGACUCGCAUCAUCUUUGUGGCAAGCUGGGGCUUCUGCACUACGGGGUAUGCAGUCUCACUCCGUGGCGCGAUGAAGAUGUUAUAUCACCAGAGCUUGUCAAAGUUCAACAACGCUGUCGACACAGGCUUAGCCCUUAUGUGUGCGAAUCCUCCGGCCGCGUCUAACUUUCGAUGCAUAGCACCAUAUCCAGCGAUGAUUGGUGUUUCAAGGCCUGCCGGUAAUGUCGACAAAUUCAGUGAUAUCAACUACGAGAAGUUUGGCAAUGUCCAGCCACUCGAAGAGGCUCGCUCGGACGGUCUUGUGUUUUCAGUCCACCAGAAUAUCGACCGCCUGGUAGCUGGUCAGGCAGAACUCAAGAGUCAGUAUCCUGAGAAUACUGGUGAGACUAUGUAUCUUGACGACAUCUUGGCUGCAGUCGGUCAUGGCGAGAUACCCGACCCGUGGGUGGAGACAACGUAG